UUUUCGCUUUUUACUAUUUUUCUUCUUCUUUUCUUUCAGUCUUAUACCUCACUCCCUACUACCACUUACUAGCAAUGCCUUCUAUUGCCUCUAUUGCAAAAUUGGCAAUUGGAGCUGCUAUUCUGGCAAGCGCUGUUGUGGCAGAGCCUCAACUUGUACUCCAGCAGCAGGGAGACCUUUCCGCCUCAUGGGGCAACGUUCAUGAUAUCCUUCAAUCUUCUGUCCAGGGAUCCAUUGAGACCGCCAAGAAGAUGUUUGGAGACAAAAUCGACGAAGCGCGCCAUUCGAUCAAAGACUCCUUCAAGGCAUUCACCCACCCUGCAUUCCCAGAGUACGGCAUGCGUUACAAGGAACCAGCACUCUGUGACCCUGAUGUUCGCCAAAUCAGUGGUUAUCUUGAUGUCGAUGACGACAAGCACUUUUUCUUCUGGUUCUUUGAGUCCAGAGAUAAGCCUGCAGAAGAUCCUUUGGUUCUCUGGUUGAAUGGUGGUCCUGGUUGCUCGUCUUUGACUGGUCUUUUCAUGGAACUUGGUCCAUGCACUGUCAAUCUUCCUGGCAAUGACACCAUCCCAAACAAAUACUCGUGGAACAACAAUGCCAAUGUGAUCUUCCUUGAUCAGCCAAUCAAUGUUGGUUACUCUUAUGGCUCCAGAGGUGCAUCCAACUCUCUUGCCGCAGCAAAGGAUGUUAAUGCAUUCUUGCAGUUGUUCCUCAAAGAGUUUUCUGAAUAUUCCCACCUUGACUUCCACAUCUCGGGUGAAUCAUAUGCUGGCCAUUACAUCCCUGCUAUUGCUGGUGUCAUCAACCGUCAAAACAACGGAGAAUACUUGUCUGCUAGUCUCCAGACCCAAGCAUCCACCUUGUCUACCAUCAACCUAAAGAGUCUGUUGAUCGGAAACGGUCUGACUGACCCUCUUAUCCAGUACAAGUACUAUGCCCAGAUGGCCUGUGAUAACUCGUAUGGCCCUACCUUGGACCGCUCGACUUGCGAUCAAAUGGAGGCCCAAUACCCUGCAUGUGCCCGCCUGAUCGAGAAUUGCUACAAGUCCAAGAGUGUGUUUGCCUGUCUUCCUGCGGCGAUGAAGUGCAACAAGGACCAGAUCCAGCCUUACCAGCAGACCGGAAAGAACCCCUAUGAUGUGCGUGAGGACUGCAAGGGUGGAGGAGGACUCUGCUACGAGAUCCUCGAUAGUGUCCAGACUUACCUCAACCGUGAAGACGUCAAGAAGGCAGUUGGAGCUCAGACUGAAUCAUACGAGAGUUGCAACAUGCAAAUCAACUUCCGUUUCCAGAUGGCCGGCGACUGGAUGCUUCCCUAUGUGAAUGAAAUCGCUCCUCUUCUGGAGGACAAGAUCCGUAUUCUCAUCUAUGCAGGCGAUGCAGACUUCAUCUGCAACUGGAUGGGUAACAAGGCAUGGACCCUUGAGCUGCCCUGGAGUGGCCAGCAGGAGUUCGUCUCGGCAGAAGAUGAAGAUUGGAUCUCUGAGAUCACUGGUGAGAAGGCCGGUGAAUUGCGUACCACAGAAGAUGGACUUUUUGCUUUCUUGCGUGUUUAUGGUGCCGGACACAUGGUUCCUUAUGACCAGCCUGAGCAUGGUCUUGACAUGCUUAACGGAUGGAUUCGUGGUUUCCGUUAAACUACAAAAUUAAAAAAAAAAGUUUAUAGCCAAUAAGCUGUACAAGUAGUACACGUUGAUAAAUUGUAUUUAAAUAAAUAAAUAUAUAAUAAAAGAAGAAGAAGAACAAGAUAUCAUAUUUCUCAUCCAGAAUGUUAGACUCGUACCAUCUUCCUAUAUUAUUUUUAUAUAAUUAUAUAUAUAUAUAUAUUUAACCCCCUU